AUAGUUAAAACACAUCAAACUUCUUACCAUCUACUAUAAUUCCCUCAAAUUACUAAAAUAUCAAUCUAUAUAUAUUAGGGCAUGUUCUCUUCGGCAUAAAACAGCUGAACUGAAUUGAACUGAACUGAAAUGAAUAGUGAUAUGUGAGAGUAAAAGUAUUGUCAAGAGCUGAGCUGAACUGAUCUGAAUUGAACUGAACUGAAUUGAACUGAACUGAACCCUUAAAAUUUUCCUCCAUGGCUCUAAGAUAACUCAAUCUUUGGUCUUGUGGACCAAUAUUCUUGGUAAUUAAUCAUCCAAAUGUCCUCUCAAAAAAAAAAAAAAAAAAAAACCAUCCUAAUAUUAUUUUAAACAUCAAUAUAUACAAGCAAUAUACUGCAUCAAAAAAAUAUAUAUAUAUAUACAAGCAAUAUCUUUAUUUCCUAAAAAAAAAAAAAACCCAAACUAUUUCUCUCCCACUCCCCCAAAGUCCCCCUCGAGAAACUCCAGUCCAACAAAACAGCAACCGGUAGCCAGUAACUUUGCUGCAGCCAUUUUUGUUCCAAUUGUGGGUGUUUCAAAACUCACCUAUAUUAUGUGGGUUUCUAGAAUUUCUAGUUUUGGAGCUCAGGCUAUCAAGAAAUUGACUCAAGGGCAAUUGGCACACGUACAAAGGACACCUUAUCUACAUGCAUCUUCUGGCAGGAUACAGACUCUUCAGCUCCCCCCUCAGAUGCACCGAUUUUUUUGUACUACUGCCGCUACUGAAGAGGAGCAAACAAUUAAUGUAACAUUUGUUGAAACCGAUGGAACGGAGAAACAUAUUAAGGUUCCUGUUGGCACAAGCAUGUUAGAAGCUGCUCAUUCGAAUGACAUUGAGCUAGAAGGAGCAUGUGAAGGAUCCUGUGCAUGUUCUACAUGUCAUGUUAUUGUGAUGGAUGUGGAUCAUUACAACAGACUGCCAGAUCCAUCUGACGAAGAAAAUGACAUGUUGGACCUCGCCUUUGGGCUCACCGAAACGUCUCGCCUGGGUUGCCAAAUCGAAGCAAAGCCUGAACUAGACGGAAUUCGCUUGGCUCUGCCUGUGGCCACCAGAAAUUUUGCAGUUGAUGGAUAUAAACCAAAACCACACUAAAUUACUCUAGAGUGAGGCUAAAUAGAGAACCCACAACUGGUAAACAUUUGAGAGCGGGUGAUUUGGUACAUCUACUUGGUAUUGGCCCACAUCCAUUUUCUCGCACUUGUUCACUCAUGAACUUGCUCUCCUAGUGUUUUCCAUUGUUUUAUGACCCAGGCACAAAGCAUAGUGGAGCUUAGAAUAGGUUACCUCAGGCAUAUAUUUUGUCUGAUUGCUUUUUCUUGCUAUACUGAAAUCAUUAUUCAUUGGAAGCGUCGAAUGUGAAUGUUUCGUUGUUUUUUGUAACAUGAGGCUUGGAAGUAUACAGCUAUAGAGCUGCUAUACCAGUUUUGUUGAAUAAUUGCUACUAGCGAAAGUAUCCAAAGAAUAGAGUUGAGUUUCCGCAUGUACAAACUUAUGAUAUCAACGAUGGCUUAUCUCAUGAAGUUGUGAUUAGUUUA